GGUCAAAAGGCAGAAACUGCAUAUGGGCCUGCUACAUCCGGAUCAGGAGGUAAGUUUGGAGCUGACUGAUCUGCUUGUGGCCCGCUUUUGGAGUCCCGCUUUUGCGCCACUGUGGACGGCAUAGGGACAGUUAGUUCUAAAGCCCACCCACCGCUUCUGUAGACACGACCGCAGACGAUACGGAUACGCGUGAGCUACCAGGCAAAGCAGAUCCCGAUCAACACAUGCAGCGUGGCUGAUGCAGCAGACAUUGUUGCGGACGACGGUGGGUCCCAGGAGGUGGACUAUUUUGUUCCCCAAACACCGGAGGUUCUUAAGCCAGAGCCAAUGUCGGCAGACCAGGAUACAGAGAUGGCUGACUCGGACCCUGUCGAGACAGUGGGUGGCGCAUUGGCUAGCGUACUGGUUGAGGUAUUGAUUGGUACACCUGCUGGACAAAGCGAACACACGGAGCAGAUGGUCCAGGAUCGGGAUGCCAGUGAUUUAUCUGAGGAGCUUGCAUGGCCGGUUGGAGGGGCUCGCGAGCCAGGCCAGAUGCUGGAGAUAUCUGUUGAACGAGAAGGUGCUACGCCAGAGUCAGUGGUUGAACCGGUGGAGCCAAUCGAAGAUGUUGCAACUCAUGACGCAACAGGUCCAGUUCCUGGAGGUCAGGAUAAAUCAGAUCUUGAUCCAACGAGCAAGGACGAUGGUAUUUCUGAGCUAUCACCUGCCGAUGCUGCGGCCAAUUGUGCGCAGAUUCAGGAGAAACGCAUGGAUCUGGUUGAAGAAGAGCAUAGGCCGUUCGAUAUGCUGAAGGAGAUCGUCAAACACGAAGAUACUGGCCCAGGGUCAGCGCCGACUGAUCAGGAUGUUGAAAUUCGUGAAGCUGAAGAAGCAGCUGCAGAGUCAGUCAGCCCAUCUGAAGCGCAUGUAGCUAACGGAGAUAUGACAGACUCUUCCCUGUCUGACUGCCUCACAGGGGAUAUUGAUAUAGAUGAUAGCGGAGCUGAGGCACCUCUGUCGCUCGAAAGCAUUUGCCGGUUGAUGCCUGACCCGCUGACUGUCUGUGGCGAUUCCUUCGAUCACUUCCCUGCGCAUGCUCUGGUCGCGCCGCGCACAGAGAAAACACACAUUCAGGCUAUUUACGAGUACGAAAUGGAUACGUUCCCUGUUCAGAAAAAGUACGAUGCGUGGGCAUCUAUGCACGACUCGUGCCGCUGUAUGGCGAAGAACGAGCUCAAACAGCCACAAUGCCGAGCAUGUAUUGGCCGAAUCGCCGGCAAGGGAUGCCGAUUCGCGAUGAUCCGAUAUGUCACAAAGCUGACGAUUACUAUGACUGAUGGACGCGUAAUCUCCAAGGUGCCUGAGGUGCGGCAACCGAUCACGCCUAUCGAAUUGCCAAGUCGCACUGUUGUCCCCGGUGACAACGACACCUGGACUGCGUCAGCAAUGAAAUCACUGCUCCGCCGCGAGCUCGCAAUUGUACGUGAGCUAUCACCACACGCUAUGCAUAGCGAUCUGCGUGGUACCAUACAUGCAAGCGAAGCUGAUUCGGCCAUCCACCCGCUCUAUGCAUGCUCACCAGCCCCUUGCAUCCUGCGCAAGGUACCGUUGGGCGCCCGCCAGAGGUGCGACCACUGCGCAGCACCGAUUUUUGCUUUCUAUACCGACGUCACCCAGCACAGCUACAAGAUUGAGCGCGGGGUAAAGUCGCCGAUAGCACCUGACGACGCUCAGCUGGGUCAAUUUGCUACCAAGGAAGGCGAGAAGACCAUGCACUAUAUUGAAAGACACACGAAACGCCAGUUUGUCCGUGAGCUUGAGAUGAUGCUGCGCAAGGUCAACCGCAUCGCCCAGUACUGUGACCAUCUCGACACCACUCAGCCGUCGUCAUACAGCUCCAUCUCGCUGUGCGCCAACGAGCUACCGCUUGAGGAGCCGGAGCUGCGCACAGAUCGCUCGUGGAUGGACGAGGUUCUGGACCGCGUGGACAUAGAUACCGAGGUUAUCGCUAGCCUCGGCGACGCGGAUUUUGGCAGCCGUCUAGAGUACUAUGCCAGAGAGUGCGAGCAGCCUUGCACACAUUUGACACCAGGAGCCGGCCCGACAUGGGAUUCGCGGAUGCGCUCCCUGCUACUACCUAAAUACCCGCUGAAGGGUGCGGAUGAUUUGACACUGCGCGAGUUUGCACGGCUGUGGGAAGAAGACAACGUCGUCGUGGUCACCGGUCUGGCAGACAAAAUCGAUGCCACCAAAUGGACCCCUACAGCGCUCCUGAAGGCGAUUGCCAUGCAGCCAACCACUGUUCAUAUCAUGGGCACCACUCGCACCACACCCAUCGGCGACAUUACGCUAGCUGAGUUUCUGGGAAACAAGCCGUCGGCGAAGAUCAUGGCCGACAAGUCGCAAUCCAGCACUGCCGACGAUGACGAGGACCCAAAGAUGGCAAAAAGCAGGGAAAUGCUGGAGGAUAUGUACACAGCGCCCGAUGGCAAACUGAAUCUCAUGAACCGUCUGCCGCCACAGUACAAGCAGCCGGAGCUUCUGUCGGAGGUGCACAUGCGCCGUGGACGCGACAACCUACGCUACGACAUUGCCGAUACUUUCGACCUGCUUGUGGACAAGCGCCGUGGCCGCCAGGCUAAGGCAAAGCUAGCUGUUGUGGACGAGACACCAGCGCCGCCCAAACGCCAUGACCGUUCGGCCAAUGACCAGCCCACUAAAAGCGCCGGCCCUUCCCCUGCUGUGCUCUGCUCGUUCCUCAGCAACUCUGACGACAGCCCUCCUGACACCGACCAGAUCAUCACCCCGCGCACGUUCAUGGGGGACAAGCAGUGUGCGGAAUUCUUCGAAGACUAUGAGGAUGCCCAAGCCAUCCGCGUGUUCCAGAACACCGGCGACCUGGUCAUGCGCCAGACAGCCAGAGAUACCAUCUCGGUGCGCAGCAAGUUCUUGUCGCCGGAGCACGCGUCGUAUGCGCGUAAUGUGCGCCAUGAAGCGCUGCCCGUCAUGGACAUUCUGUGUGACCGUGGGGAGGCUAGUGCCAGCGAAUUCAUCUCCAAGUCCCGCAAACACCACAUUGCCAAGGGGGCGGCGGCAGCACGAGCACGCACUGGAAGCAAAAAGCAAACAUCAUAAUUUAUUUGGUCAGUUCAUUUGCAUACUAGCUGGCACACUAUCGCAGCUUGUGACGUGUAUCGCUAGCUAUAUCUUCAAAUAUCGAGCAUGGCAUGUAUUUGAGAGUCAAUACAAAAUGUAGUUCUGAAG